UAUAUAUUCUUUUGACUUUAAUCAAGGAAAUCAUGUAGACAUCACAGAAUGGUCACUUCUUAGUCGAGGAAAACAACUUCAGGAAGCAUUCAGGGUGCAUUACCUCUGGACAAGGUGUUUUGAUGCAUGUGGAUGGAAAUUUUUUUAAUAGCUUGUAGGAUUGCAUCCGCCUUUCCUCGUCAUUUAUAUAAUCUAGACAUGGCUCUGAUAGCAGAUUGGUGCAAUAUUGUCACUGAGGAUUAUUGAUAUUUUGGAGUUCUCUGAUCUGAGAUCAUUGAUUUAUAGGAAUAAGUUCAUUAUAGUAAUAUCUUUGAUAAUAAUUAGCAUAUGAUCCUAAGAAGUAUGACUGAUGAACCAUGUAAGUACUUAUUAAGCAUAUAUGAAUCAAAGAAAACACCACAACCAAAACAACUUUGGCUGCAGUUGAAUGGUAGCCACUCUCAAAAAUGUAAAAGUAAUUUGCUGUGAAUGUCAGAUGGAGACUGAUGCACAGAGUUGCUGCCCAUUCAAACCAAGACUUGAGUCCAUCCUUUGUCUCAUGAAUUCUUCUCUGUCUGAUGAAAGUGUACAGCACCAGAGAAAGCCAAAAGAGGUUCUGGAGAACAACAGUGAAGAUAUUGUUGGUGAAGAACUCAAAAUAGGGUUUGAUGAAGAAGCUCCCAAUUAUUCAUAAAACUUGAAAGAUAUGAUUAGGAACAAAAACUAACAUAAGAUUCAAAAGGUCUGUAAAUAAACCAAAGUCCUAAUACUAGCAAAUCAU